AUGCAAAACUCUACUCAAUUUGCACAAUCUCCGAUAUCUAAAAAAAAGUCUAUUCUGUCGGUGGUUUUUGGAGACUGUUGUGGAAUUUCCACUUUAAAUCGGAAUCGCAGAAACACUUUGGCAACUUCAGACAUAAGUAGUUUGGACUCGCUGGUCAUGAAAACAUGCUCAACCACUGAAAAAACAACCAACAUAAAUGAUCAUGUUUCAAAUUCGAGCAGAAUAAAAACUCCGAUUGCUAUUGGGCAUGCCAUUUGGCUCAGCAAAUACCAGGAGAGUAACUCGAAUCAAAAGCGACUGCUUCCAAGUAACUCUGAUGCUUGUGUCCAACAAUGGCCUUCUAAUGCUCAACAGGCUUCAGAUGAAAAAUCUUCCGCCACCACAUCUAAUCCAACACAAGCCAAUGGACGUGCAAGUUUACCAUUGAGAUCGUUUGCCUCUAGCACAUUUCCACAAGCAAGUACUUCAGUCGCAUCAAAAGAACAGGUUCUACAUAGUAUGUCGCAUAGAUUCAAUGCCGACUCACUAUUAUUGGAAAUAGGCGAUGGGCUAGAUGAUUCAUAUAGUCGCAACGAUCUUCGAAACACCAUUGAAGCAUUUACUAGCGAUGCGUUGGCGAAAGAGGUAGAGCGAGGAUACGAUCCAUUAAUGGCCAUGAAUCAAGCCAAUUACGUAUCACUACAUGACUGCCCUCAAAACCCUCGACAUUCCACUUGUUGUUCAUUGACAGACAGCUCCAAUCUACUUAGUAGUCUUCUUUCGGCUUUUCCGCAAGACGAUAAGCUAUCUACUUUGGAAGCAUUUGGAGUGAUUGACUCGCUGAGUCACUUUUCAGAUGUGCUGGAUACAUCAGGGUCAAUGAGUUUGUCAUCUAGAAGACCGUCCAUUUCAAACCUGCGUCGUUCAGUUGCUAUAGACUAUUCACACAACUCAUCAGCGCUACUACAGCCUAAACCACGCCCCAUCCAACCUUCUAAAUCAUCAUCGGUACUUGCGAGAAAAACUGAUAAAGUACCUUUAGCAGAAAUCAGCUGUUUCGAGAAAUACAAGGAAAACCUUUUAAGCUCAUAUCCCUUGAUUACUUCAAAGCCAAUCAAUAGGCACAAGUUGGCAUACAUGAAUAUACUCCAAACCACAUCCAACUCCCAAAACAAACUAAAUGUAGGGUCCGGACCCAUUAAUAAGACUUCAGUCAACAGUUUACGAUCUGAAGAUACGGUCAGCAUUAAAAGUAAUUCUUCAGUAGCUGAAUCAAUCACAUUACCAUCUACAGAUUCAGCACCUCAUAUCCGUGGAAUUCUUAAAAACAGCAUGUCCACUUCAAUACCAUUACAGGCUGGAUGCAAUCCAAAUUUGAUUGUCGAUCAUGGUGGUCAGACUGAAAAAUCAAACUCGGCUGAUGUUAGGCGAGAAUGGCUUGAUUUGGCAAAUAUUACACCUAACCCAUCGAGCCAAGUGCCUGGGUUUGGCGAUGAUUUUAUAUACUCGUUUUUAAAAGCACAUCCAGAUCUUGGACAAUCAAGCCAAAAAACCAGUACACCAUUAAAUAUUUCUGAUGCUGGAAUGCACUUUACAACGGCACAACUGGAAAGUGAGCUCCCCGAAAUGGAGCGCAGACUCAAGCAACGGAUGCGUCCGGCAGUUUUUAUCGCUGGUGAGUAUAUCAUUUACAAGCAUGACAUUGGGCAGCAAAUGUACUUUUUAAGUAAAGGAAAAGUCGAGGUGGUUUCUGCUAAUGGCAAAGUGCAAUACAGCGUAAUUAACUGCGGAUCAUUUUUUGGUGAACUUGGAGUGUUGUUUGAUAUUCCUCGAACAGCAUCAGUCAGAGCUAUUGAAAACUGUAUAUGCAUGGUAUUGACACGAAAAAAUCUCGAAGAGGUAAUGAAGGGUUUUCCUGCUAUAUCGGAGCGCUUCCAACAGGUUGUACUGUCUCGAAUGGAGGAAGUAAACAAAAAGCGAGCCUCUGCAAAGCGAGUCACAAUCUCUUAUGACAUUCCUGGGGUCCAAAGCACUGUGGUCAUGUCCAUGCAGUAUAUUCAUGAGGGUGAAGGUAUGAAUAUCCAAAUGGCUUUGAAUUCUACUGACGAGGCAGCAAUACAUCAAGCUAGUAUACAAACACAACUUAUGAAUCUACACUUAAAAUCACCUUCCAAUAAUGCAAACCUCAAAGCUGGACAAGAUGAUGCUACCUAUCCAAGAAAAACCAAUCCAAUAUAUCUGUCAGGAACAUUGGAUAUAGGAGCUACAUCUACUUUAAAUGAAUUUAAUGCAGGGUCUAUAGCCAACCCACUACCACCUAGCCAUGCUGCAGGUCUUGGCACAGAAACGGAACACGGCAGCAACGAUAAAGCACACUCUGACAAAAGUGAGCAGUACACACCAGCUAGUCAAUUUCGCUCAUUACCUUUACAAGAGAACCAUUAUAUACCAGUCUCGCAAGGACAUCCAUUCAAGCAUCUUCACGCGUCGCUCCAACACCAAAGCAUACCGUCUGAAGGUACAGUCUCCAUCCCAGAGAGACGGAAGCAGUCUAGUGAUGACAAUACAAGAAAUGAAGGGUCAAUAGAACAUCAGGAGCAAAGGUUGACUGACUUUCAUAAUGUUGCAAUGUCAAUACCGGGAUUGUCAAAUACACUGGCACCAAAUUCUUGUGACCCAAUAUCUCCAAAUCAUUUAAAACCAAAGUUCUCAAAAGAUGUCCAUUCUCCAGUCUCCAUACAAAGUCAUAAUGAUAUUCAACAGUCGUCAAACACUAGUCAUUUAUCUUCUACUCCAGCACCUCAUUCUCCAGCUGGCUCAUUUGACCAUCGCCACGAAGAGAGUAUUCGUGUUCGACGUAAGCGAGGACAAUCGGAUGUGGGAGCAUAUGCACCAAAACUGGAUGAUUUGAUCCACCAAUCAAAAGGUGCAGUGCUUGAAACAAAGCAUGAUCAUGAGGGUUAUUCCAAUACCAACCAACAAGAAGCUAUCAGUCCUGAAAGGUAUCGGCCACCACAAAAACGGCAAAUGCAAGAACAGGCGCAGCAAUACUUUCAAUCACCAUCAAAUACUUGGCAACAACUAAAACAGGCUCCAGCAGUACAACAACCAUCGUUUGCCAUGCCAAAUAUAUAUGGACGCGAUAACCAAUAUCCAUCGCGUAAUAUGUGGGAUCAGUCAAACCAAAUGUAUUCUAACCAGAUGAUGUAUCCUAACCAAUUUAAUGGGUGGAACCUGCAAAAUGCAUAUUCACACACAUCAAGGAAUCCAGAGUCUGUGGAUUUGCCAAGCAAAGGAAAUUUCUCUUUAGAGUAUCAUCCGCAACUAUUUCCGAAUUCCGGUACAAAAAUGCAUUCAAACUUUGUAGAGAGUCCUGUGGGAAACUAUCCAUUUGGUGGAAUUGUUCCAAUACAGUAUCCCGAUAUUGGCUUUACGGAUAAUCGCGGAUACCGUUAUUUGGAUCCUAGUGUGUGUUAUCAAAGAACCGGCCAAUCAGAUAUGCAUCAAUACGAACAGAUGGAUUUACAAGAAUUACAAAAACAAGAGCAAAUGAAGCGCAUGAAACAGCAACAACUAGAGGCUCCGUCUCAAGCAAAAAAGUCUGCUCGUAAGCAAAAGCGAUCGGUUACAAUUGGCGAGGCAUUCAAGCCAGCAGAUGAAUUGGGUUGUGCAUUACCUCUAAUCCAACCAGAUCCAAAAAAUACUGUUCAAUCUUUUCAAAAAAAUUCAGAACAGAAUCAAAUACAGUUUCCAACCUCAUCUUCAAAUCCAAAUCGCCAGCAAUUUCCGGCAAUUCAGACAGGAACUGCAGUUAUACUUCAGCAGCCACCAACACUUCAUCCACAAACUAAUGCUAUUCCAGAUACAAUCAAGCCCGUAGUUAUUACGCAAGGAACUUCAAAUUCUGUAGUAUGGACCUCGACAUCAGAGUCUGCUACAAAAAUAAGCGGAACCUCGGAGGCUAUUGAAAAAAAACCACCCAGUUUUAUUCCCAGUCUAACAAAUGUUUUGACAACGGAUUCAUUGCCAGUAUUUCCCGCUGAAGGAAAACCAACUUAUUCAACUGGUCUAUCAGGGAUAAAUGCAAACCCAAAUAUAAACAUUGGGUUUGGUUCACAAUCCGAAGAAAAAGAACGACUUUCCAUCAUUCAUUCACUAGGAAUUGGCGAUUUUACUGACCAACCUCGACUCAACAAGAUCACCCAAAUGACUGCAAGGUUACUUGGUGGUACAUGCUGUGUUAUUAGUAUUGUUGAUAUAGAUAAAGUGAUUUGGAAAUCAACAUUCUGGUCAAAUAACCCAAUGCAAAUCAAGGAAGAGCCUCGAUAUGAAUCAUUUUGUUCGUGGGUUGUGCAGGAUGACACUGGUCGUGGCAUCACCAUUUUAGAUUCUCGCGUUGAUCCGCGAUGUGUUCAUAUGCGUGCAAAACCAGGACUAGAGUUUUAUGCUGGUGUUCCAUUAACAACAGGAAAUCGUAAACGCAUCGGUGCAUUGAGCAUUCGCGGAUCUCCACGAGCGCAAUUUAGUGUGAUGGACAUGAAUAUCCUACAUGAAAUGGCAUUUUGGGCAACAGGAGAAAUUGAGACAAUAUCUCAAAAGCGAGAGCUGGAGUUUCGUGAAACUAUGCUCAAGGCACAUAUUCGAAUUGCCAAAAUGGUAGAAAAGUCACGCAACAUUGAACGUCCAAUUGCGUCUGGAUCUGUUGAAAAGGCAUUGGGGAUUAUUAGAGAAGCACUACGAGCAUCAAGCGUACUCUUGCUAAGAUUUGUGUUGGAUGGGAAUGUAACAAAAUCUGUUUUACAGGCUUAUUCUACUUCUCCAAACGCAACCUCUUCGUUGACUAUUGAGGGCGAAAUUUUUCAGGAACUGGCAAUGAUGACACUUAAAAAAGAGCCUUUGAAUGCACCGUUGCAUUUAGACUCACUUGCAACAGGGCCUAUAACUAAAGAUGUGGACAACUAUCUCAACAAAAAUAUUGUGCGUUGUGCAAGUGAGCUUUUAUGGAGUGCAAAUCGGCCAACCGGUGUAUUAGCUGCGUUUUUUGAAGGAAACUAUCGGUAUUUGUCGGCUCAGGAAUUGUCGUUUGUUACAUCAGGAGCAGCAGUAUUUUCGGCGUUUUUAGAAACAGUAGAUUUGGUUGAAGCAUUUUCUCAGGCACAUGCACACUCUAAGGGGUUAGCAUCUGCAUUGAAGAAGCACUCGGCUCCUUUUGGACAGACUCACGGACUUGCUCCCAUCAUCAUGAUUCUUGAACCCAUGUUCCCACCUGCCAAAGGAUUUGUAUCCUUGUUUGACGAUACAGAUAGUUUACCAGCUACAACGUAUGGAAGUGGACUGUUGGCGCAAUGUCUACCACUCACUGAACCUGUAGCGAGUAAAGGGCCAAAAGGUCAGGCACAGGCACAGGCUCUUGCGCAUUUAAAUGAUAUGGAAUCUGUCAUGGGUUCUGGUGCCAAUAAAGAAAAAGAUCCAUCUUCCAGCGUGCCCAGCUUAUCGACUUUGAAGCUUGCUGGAGAAAAUCGCGCACUUGCUCAACUCACACCGACAGAAAGUGUCGAGAUCAUGUCAGAUUUUUCACAAAUGGUUGAUGUGCUAUCUGAUCGCUUUUCCUUAAAACGAGCAAAGCGAUGCGGUAAUAUGUAUAUUUUAUUGGCAAAUAUUGGACCCGAUACAGGUACACCGGAAACCGUGGCUGCAAUGGCACAUGAGCUUUUUUUUACCCUCGAUAUCUAUAAUCGCAAGACGCAAAGAAACAUUAGAGCCCGUGUUGGUAUUCAUUGCGAUUUUUUGCCUGUUGAGAUAGCAACCGAAACACAAACUUUAAAAGACAUGUGGACAAAUAUGGUUCACUUUGCGUAUCGACUGGAAAGAAGCACAAACUCUACACUGGUAUCAGACAUAUUCUAUCAUCAAACCAAGGAGAAAUGUACAUAUGAACAAGCCUCCACCAUACUGGUUCGUGGUCAAGGUAUGCUUAACAAGCUGUUGAACGUCACGGGAUCGUUUAUGACGUAUCGCCUGAUUGGUAUGGUUUUGACUAGUCCAGAUUCAUCAAAAAAUGAUAUGGCGACCGCCAUAUUACCUAAAGAGAAUAAAAUCAACGACAAUGGCUCGCUGUUUAUGCAGAGAUUGGUUACAGGAGCACCGUCACAGCUUCAGGCACCCAACAACGGAGACUCUUCCAAUAGCGGAAGUGCAGGAAAUGGAGGGGAACCAGGAGUAAAUGGAGUAUCAGGAAAUGUUGGUUUGGGUGGAUCUGGGGGAGUUCCGAGAGUAGGAGGUAUAGAAACGGGCAGGAUAGACGCCAGUCACGCUUCCAAGACUAAAAAAUCUAAAGCGUGCCUAGUAAUGUAA